AUGGAUAACUUUUUUAGCAAAAUUGUAGACAAUAUACCAAAGUUCGACAUAUUUUAGUUAGGAGGCGAUGAUUAACUUGAGUAUCAGUUUUAGGAGUUUGGAGAAAAUGAGGGAUAUGAUUAGGAAAAUUAGAAUUUAGAGAGGGAGAAGAAUUUUGAUGAGGAAAUUUACAUUACUCAUCUUAAAUAGAAGUUGGUAGAUGUUUUUAAAUAAGAUGAAGGAAAGAAGCUUCUGCUUAUGGAUAAAAGGCUCCAUUAAAUAUUUGAUAUGAUAAUAAGGGCGAAGCGUAUUGGCGAGUCAAAAUAGACAGGAUUUAAAGAUUUCUUGUCAGAAACAGGAAUAGAUAAAAUUUCUUAUUUAGUUUAAGAUAGUGUAGGUGAAGGUCAUGAAAGAAUCUAUUUCUUUAUAUAUCCAGAUUUAAAUUUGAUUCAAAAAAUAAAGACAAUUAUCCUAGUCGACUAGUAAAAAGAGGUUAAAAGAAAGUAUACAUGUAUUAUGGUACCAAGGAUAAGCACUAUUUGCUAAUAGAAUCUUUAUGGUGUAGAAGCUAACAUUACCCUUAAAAGUUUUAAUUUUGACUUAAUCCCUUUUGGCUAGGAUCUUUUCUCUCUUGAAAUUCAGAACCCUUUACAAUAGAUUUAUUUUGAAAAAGAAUAGAGCGUGUUUUAAUUGAUAGCUGAUUCUUUGCUAAGGAUAUAAUACUUAUAUGGCCAAACAAAUAAUAUUUUUGGUAUAGGAAAUGCAGCAAAAGCAGUAGAAUAAGUUUUAAAUUAAAAGAAGAAGCAACACAUCAUAUAAGGAGAUUUAGCAGACUAUAAAACUCUAGAAUCAAUUAUUAUAAUAGAUAGAACUGCUGAUUUGGCAACACCUUUGUAUACUCCAAUCACAUAUUAAGCAUUGCUUGAUGAACAGUUUGGAAUAACUAUGAAUUCUAUCAACAUUAAAUAGAGUUUGGUAGACGAAACAGUCAAAGAUGAUACUCAAAAAAUAUAAAUUUUUUUAAAUCCAAACUCUGAUUAAAUAUUCGCCUCGAUAUCUAAUUAGACUUUGAAUGUAGCAAGAGAGCUUUUAGAUGUAAAAAGAAAAGAGUUUAAAAUAAUUUUGAAUAAAUAUAUAGAAAAUAAUGGUUUUAAUGGAUUAAGUUAAGACGAGUAAGAUUAAGUCAAAAAGAUUUUAAAAGAUGAAGAUAUGAAAAAAAUUGAACAACACACAUACUUAUUAACACACCUCAUGCAAGCAUAGUAGUAUGAUCGCCAUUUUGAAUUAGAGACAUCAAUACUUUUUCCUUUAGACCCAAAUGAUAUUUCAGAUGUAGUAGAAAGAUUAGAAUGCUUAAUCCUCUUUGAAUACCCCAUAGAAGAAGUAUUAAGACUAUUCUGUCUAAUGUGCUAAGUAUAAAAUGGAUUAAAAGAAAAAGUAUUUGAUCAAUUAAGGAAGUUGAUUAUUUAAUAAUACGGUAUUGAGCAUCUAGCUACUUUAAAUAGGUUAGAAUAGCUUGGGUUUUUAAAAAAAUACUAAAACAAAUAAGCUAAAGAAGAUUGGAAUAACUUGGUUGCAAAAUUAUAGCUUAUUAAUGAGUAAGUUGAUGAAACUGAUCCUAAUGACAUAUCUUAUGUUUAUAUAGCAUAUGCUCCUAUAUCUGUUAGACUAGUCCAGCAAACAUUUAAGAAAGGAUAAUGGAGAGAAAUUGAAAGGGAAUUAAAAACUUUAGGAAAUUAUUUUAUGCCUAAAGAUGUUAAUCCUAAAGCAGGAUUAAAGACAAACUAAAAAAAAUUAGUGGUAGUUUAUUUUAUUGGAGGAGUUUCAUACGGUGAAGUUGCUGCUUUAAGAUUGCUAGGAAAACUGCAUUAUAAAGAAAUAGUUAUUUGCACCACUAAUAUUAUAAAUAGUAAAUCCAUCUUCAAAGAAGCUAUGUCUGGAUUUGCUGAUUUAUGA